UAAAUUAUAAAAAAUCGAAAGUGUAAAUUAGGCAUACAUAGAUAAUUUAAAAUAAAAAAAAAAAACUAACUGCGAAUCGCACAGCGAAAGCGAAGACCACAAAAAUUGGCGGCGUAAAAGUUAAAAAGGACAAAGGCGAUUAAGCAGAUUUUAUUGGAAGUGCGGGACGCGCGGAGGAAGCGGCAAAAGCGACGGCGGCACUACGAACGCCACGUAAAAAGAUAAUUUGGUCAGCGCCAAGUCUAUUGGGAGGAAGCACAUACAAUAGUAUAUAGGAUAACAAGAGGGCAUCUUAGUGGCAAGCCAACAACGAUUAUUGUAUAAUAUUUGAAAUCAAAGCGCUAGGGCAUGACAAUGUCUGGAUUGCAUGUGAAGCAGAAGCAAAACAUGCGCACAACAGCCGUCAAAAUGAAAGAGAAUCGAAAGCAACAGAGCCGGCAGCGAAGCCAACGACAACGACGACAACGACAAGGAGAAGCUGUCGAGAUGUCCACAGCCAAAUCAAAAGUACAGGCAAUACGCCAGCAGCCAGCAGCCAAUUGACAAUGACAAAUCCGAGAAGCAAAACAGCAACUACAAAUAGAGCAACUAUACUCGUAGAUAGAGGAGCAACGGCAAAAACUAAGCUAAUGCUAAUACAGAAGCGUUUUCUACAUAUAUUAUACUUUUUGCACGCUUGCUUGAUGAGCCACAUUAGAACUACACGUAUUUGUACAAGAAUUGUGCAGCAAAUUGCAGCGAAUGGCAGCAGCAACAGUCGCAGUCGCAGCAGCAACAACAACAACAACAACAACCAAAUGCAGCAGCAACAGCAACAACAACAACAAGAGAUGUCGCCAGUUCGCUCAGGAAUUUGCAUUAUAAGACUGAUAACAUUAAAGAGCAUUCUAGAUUUUCUGACAACAACAACUUUUAGCACAUGGCCAACAACAACAACAGCAACAGCAACUACAGCGGGUAACAAGGCCACGCAUACAAAACACAAUCAGCAGCAAUCAACGCAUCGGAAGCAACGCUGCCAAACGUAUUUUUCACAGUUAUCGCAUUUCCGACAGGAAGCAGCAACAACAGCAGCAACAACAACAACAUCAGCAGCAAUCCAAAGCUCUGCACCUGGCUGGGAAGCACAGGUGGUUGUUGCUGGUAGCGACGACGCUUCAAGUUCUCUGCGUCCCAUAUUAAGCGUCGCUUCUUUUCAUUCGACUCGUGGCCACCAUUUCGGCCCGACUCCUUCGUCGAUGCUGCAACGCACUUUGCUGCUGUUGCUGCUCCUCUCCUCCUUGUGGCACAACUGUGAAUGCUUCCACGGAAGCGUCAAGCUGAGCAGCAACACGGUGAAAACCAAAUACGGCCUUCUGCGCGGCAUUGUUGUGCGCUCCACGCCACUGGUCGAGGCUUAUCUUGGCAUACCGUAUGCAUCGCCACCGGUGGGCAGUCUCAGAUUUAUGCCACCCAUAACGCCAUCCACAUGGAAAAACGUUCGCAAUGCGGAUCGAUUCUCGCCCGUCUGCCCACAGACCGUGCCCAUCCCGCCAAAUGGACCAGAGGCCCUCCUGGAGGUGCCACGGGCACGUCUCGCCCAACUGCGACGUCUGCUGCCGUUGCUCAAGAACCAAUCGGAAGACUGCUUAUAUCUAAAUAUCUAUGUGCCAUACGAAAUGCGGCGCUUCAGACGUUACACCCCUAAUAGCGGCGAAGCGACAAAUGCUGAUACUGGUCCGAAGCUCUCAACCGUGGUCUUUAUUCACGGUGAAUCAUACGACUGGAACUCAGGGAACCCCUACGAUGGGUCCGAACUGGCCACACACGGUAAUGUCAUUGUAGUGACAAUCAACUUUCGCUUGGGCAUUUUUGGUUUCCUGAAAACCGGCGGCAAGGAAAGCGCCCAAGGCAAUUUUGGUCUAAUGGACUUGGUGGCCGGUCUGCAUUGGCUCAAAGAGAAUCUGCCCGCAUUUGGAGGAGAUCCGCAAAGCAUAACGCUAAUGGGUUAUGGGACAGGCGCCGUCUUAGCCAACAUAUUGGUGGUAUCCCCCGUGGCCAGUGAUCUUAUACAGCGUACGGUUCUGAUAAGCGGAGCCGCCCUAUCACCCUGGGCCAUUCAGAAGAAUCCUUUGUUUGUGAAACGACGCGUAGCCGAACAAACCGGCUGCCAUGGUGAUAUGCUCUACGAUGAUCUGGCCCCUUGUUUGCGAACCAAAACUGUGGCCGACCUGCUGGCCGUGAAAAUCGAUCAUCCGCGUUUCCUCGUGGGCUUUGCACCUUUUGUCGAUGGCACUGUUAUAUCGCCCAGCGUGGAAUCCAUUGGCCCCACUGCAUUGCCCAUGGGUUCAGCUAUUGUUAGUACUUCAGGAAUUGAAUAUGCAAACUUUCCAAAACGUGACCUCAUAUUCUGCCUUACAUCUGUGGAGUCGUAUCUGGAUUUGAGCGCACAAGACUUGGAAUUUGGCUUCAAUGAGACAAGAAGGGAUCGCAUUUUACGGACAUUUGUGCGCAACAAUUUUCAUUACCAUUUAAAUGAAAUUUUUGCGGUCUUAAAGAACGAGUACACAGACUGGGAGAAAGCCAUACGCAAUCCAUUGAGCUCCAGAGAUGCAACUUUACAAUUUUUAAGUGACGGGCACACGGCCUCUGCGCUUAUUAAGUUGGGCUAUAUGCAUAGUCUGCGUGGAGGACGCACCUAUUUUCUGCACUUUAAACACAGAACUGUAGAAGAGGAAUAUCCACAGCGCACUGGUUCCGUGCAUGGCGAAGAUGUGCCUUUUUGGUUAGGUUUACCCGUUUCACCGCUAUUCCCACACAACUAUACCACUCAGGAGAGGCAAAUCGGUCGUCUAAUGCUCCGUUAUCUGGCCAACUUUGCCAAAACUGGCAAUCCGAACCAAUCGACAAUUAAGGCCACAUCGCCCACAGCUAGUGCCAGAGCAGCCACAUUGCCAACUCAUCCACAAGCGAAGCGAGCAACUGAGACCUACAAUGAUGCCCUAAGUCUGGCCGUGCUCUAUAACCAGAGACGCAGCAAUGCGAUGCACGAGAAGCGCUCCCUUUACCGGAGACGUCUGCGCAGCAACGAUGCCGCCGCCUACACACAACUGGGCCUGGGCAAUGAGCACGAGGUGGGCAGCUACGACGGCGACGAGUUGCCCUUUUGGGAUGCCUACGAUGUGGUCAACCAGCUGUACAUCGAACUGGGUAACAAGGCGAACAUUCAGAGUCAUUAUCGAGGCCAUAAGCUAUCCAUGUGGCUGAAUCUGAUACCACAGCUCCAUAGGCAUUUCAACAUAAAUGAUCAGUCCAUGCGCCAUCACCAGUUUCAGGAUGACAUCAACAACAGGGAUCUGUAUGAAGGAGUGGUGCGUCCCCAGCUGCAAACGAAACCACCAGACGAUGAUAGUGCGAUCUUGGUGCAAACAGCCAGAGCUACAGUUGCUCCCAAUAAGAACGAUAGUCAGAACUCAACGAUUGCUUUGAAUGCAGCCACCACAGGAACCACGACAACAGAGUGCGGAAUCGAUGGAGCCAUGUCCGUGUCUGAGCUGACCACCACGCAAGCGCCCAAGGAUAAUCGCACACAGAUCCACGUCGAGACCCAAAAGGACUUGGCCACCGCUUCGACGGGCAUCAUAGGCAACCUGGAGCUGUUGCGUCGACUGAGUGGCAAACAAUUUCAGAGUUAUACCACAGCAUUGAUAGCCACAGUGGCUGUCGGUUGCUUUCUCCUCAUACUCAACGUAUUGAUCUUCGCGGGCAUUUAUCACCAGCGGGAGAAACGCGCACGCGAUGCCAAGACCAAAGAGGAGCUACAGGAGGGUGAUAACAGCAAGAACUCGAGCAUGCUCAAGCUGAACGCGCUGGGAAUGGAUGGGGGCAGUGGUGCUGGUGGUGCAGGCAAUAGCAGCGAUGCGUAUACCCUGAGCGGCAACAGCGGCAAGGCGGGCGUCCUCUUUGGCGAAUACAGUUGCUAUGAUGAGAAGACGAAGCAGAUAAAGGAGGAGAAACUACUGGUGGAACUGCCACCACCGUCCUCGACACAAACCACACUCAUUAUGGACAGUGUGGGCACCUGGGCGGCCUGUUCCACCAGCACACUGGACCUGCUCAAGACCAAGCAUCAUGGGACUGAAAGCCUAACACACUACAACAGUGGAGUUAGCGGUGGCGGUGGUGGUGGAGGAGUUGAACAGGAAAUGGUCUCGUACACUGCUCUACCCCUGACCACCGUGCUGGAGGCCAGCACCUCGGCAGCGUCCAGCAAGCGGGGCUCCUUUGUGGACAACAGUGGCACCCAGUUGAACCAGCAGUUUGAUUAUGCCGUGCAAUCGUCCGAUCAAAUGUCCUUCAAGGCCAUUGAGGAGGCAGUAAAGGCUGCCUCUGUGACUGUAGACUCCGAGAUAAUGAGAGACGAUGAUAUACCAGAGCCCCCGCCACCACCUCGCUCCUUCUUGGCUGCCCAGCAACAACAACAACAAAUGGGCGGCAUACUUCGUCAAACAAGCGGACCCGGUGGUGCGACCUCCUCGACAAGUGGCAAAAAACGUGUACAUAUUCAGGAAAUCUCUGUCUAGCGUGUAAUUCCCUUCUCUAUUUAAUUUUCAGGCUUUACGAACUGUGAACUUUAUGUUCUUCGCGCUGUUUUUCAAUGUGUCGUUAGGUUUGAAUAGGAAAAUGCUUUCAAAACUCUCAUUAAUGUCUGCUCUCUCUUUGUACAUAUGUCGUCUGUUUAUCCGUAAACCAUCGGGGAUACAUAAUUUUAAUUUAUAAAAAAACGCUCUCUCUUUAAAACCGAAAUUAUGUGUUCCUAAUCAACAGUUGAACCUUUUUUACCAUUUUCGUUAGUUUUUUCUUUAAUGACACAUUUCUAUCCGAUAUCGACUAUUGCCGAAUAAUAUUAUAUAUAUUUCAAUUUCCCUUUAAUUUAUU